AUGUCCGAAGAGGUCAAAGCUUCAAACUCCGAGUUAUCGCCAAUCAAAAUAAAUGCAAAAAAUAAUGGUAAAAACUUUGAGGAUUUUGAUUAUCCAAGUAGAAGUGAAGACGCUUCAGAAGCCGACCAAGAGACUACUGAAAACGGAGAUUCGCACGAAGAAUUGGAAGAGUUGGACGAUAAAAGUAGAAGACGUAAAACUCUUGCUGCCUCGGCUACAGCACAUCAUCACGUUGGUGCGCAUUUAAAGUGUAUUAGACCUACUGAGGAUAUUUUUAAUCCUGAAGAUCCUAAGAUACGCGAGGAUAUAAUUUUUAUGAUAACUCAAUAUCUUUCGGAUGAAGGUUAUAACACAUCAAAAAUGACCAUUUAUGAUGAGGCGAAUGUGAAAUGGCACGAAAAAGAAGAACGCGUUGCUGAAUUCAAGCGUUUGAAAAAAGCGAUCCUUGAUGGAGAUUGGGCGGAAGUUGAUAAGCUGAGCGCUAAGCCCUUGAUUAAAAAUCAUAAAAGUUUUUUAUAUGCUGUUUACAAACAACAGUAUCUUGAAUACAUUGAACAUCAGGAAACACAAAAGGCAAGUUGCAAAAUGAAACCUCUUGAGCAUCUUCAAACAACGCCUAAUGAAUUUAAAGACUUGUGCUAUUUAUUAACUGCAAAAGCCGUUCACGAUGCGCCCUCAUUCAAGAAUUGGGAAGGAGUUGGACCUGCAAGGGAGAAAUUAGUUGAACAAUUCCAAAAUAUGCUCAAUUUUGAGAAUACGGAUAAGGAUGGUACGCAUCAAGUCCAAGAAUUUUUUGGUUUAACAAAUUUGUUGGAUUUUUUUCUUGGCGUAUCUUCAUCGCCCGUUGCGUACCAAAUCGAAUUUUCUCGAUAUCAUCCGCGUAUCGCUCCACGAGUGAAUACCUUAUUACAAGACUAUACCAGUUUCGUAAUACCAAAUGCAGUACGUGCGACCUUGACAGGGCAUCGUGGUAAUGUCAAGUGUGUAGAAUUCGUUGGCGAAGAAGGACGAGAAAUUGUUAGUGGCUCGAGCGAUAACACGAUAAGAAUUUGGGAGACUGAAAGUGCAAAAGUAAUUGGAAUUUUGGAAGGGCAUGAAUCCCGAAUUUGGGAUGUCUCAUCAAAUAAGAAUGGUUCGAUGGUGUCAAGCGCUAGUGGUGACGGAACCAUUAAGUUGUGGGAUAUGAAGGCAAGCAAACAUUCUUGUAUAUUUUCAUUAGUCGGGCAUUCUGGUGACGUAUAUUCCGUCAAGGUCCAUCCUGGCGAUAAUCAUGUUGUAUCAGGGGGGUAUGAUAAGAUCAUAAGAUUUUAUGAUGCUUCAACUGGUCAACUGGUAAAAAUGUUCACGGGUCAUCAAUUAUCAGUAUCCAAAACCAUAUUCAAUCCCUUGGGCAACUUGAUAAUUAGUGGCUCAAAAGAUAAUACAAUAAAAUUUUGGGACAUUGUAUCAGGAUUAUGUGUAAGAACAAUUUCUUCACAUUUGGGUGAAGUCACUUCUGUGGAAAUGAAUACUAGUGGAACUUUAUUGUUAAGUAGUUCCAAAGAUAAUUCCAAUAGACUAUGGGACGUUAGAAUGGGUCGUCCCAUAAAAAGACUAAAAGGGCAUCAAAAUACCUCAAAAAAUUUCAUUCGUGCUGGUUUUGUAAAUGAUUCUUUAAUCGUUGGAGGUUCCGAGGACGGAAUCGUGUAUAUUUGGGAUCAAGAUACUGGUGAAGUUUUGCAGAAAUUAAGAGGACACACAGGAAUAGUAUAUAAUGCUAUUUGGAGUCAAAAACAAAGUUUAUUUGUUAGUUGUAGUGAUGAUAAAACCUUAAAAACCUGGUGGUACGAUGAAAGUGUUCCUUUAGAAUUGUAA